AUGGCGAAUGCAUGGAAGUGGAUCCGGACCUUCACAGUCGUGGUGAAUGUGAUAGUAUACAGCAACUGUCGGGUUUAUGAGGAGACGAUGCCUAAAUUACUUCAUAAAUGUCUGAAACAGACGAGUCACACCAAAGGAAAUAUCACCAGAGACACAGCGGAGGCUAUCGAUUAUCUCUGCACCAAAAAGUAUCUGUUUAAAACACCCGACGAAAGAUGGCAUCCAGACCUUGGACACGUGGUUAAUACCAAGUCCUUGCGAGAAUUUGCUGUGCUCUUCAAAGAACUGGACGUUGAAGGAAAGAACAGUCACAGAGUACAUUACAGGUACUCGAGUGUCAAGAAGCAUUUCAUCAGAGUAAGACGUGCUCAGCCUAUCAUCAGGAAAGAGUAUCGACAACUGACGGAGAAGGAGAGGAAAAAGUUUCACAAGGCUUUGAAUGCGAUGAAAGCCGACACAAGUGAUCCGAAAAGACAGCCGAAUGUGUAUGACUGGUUUUGUAAUCUACAUCCCAACAAAGUAGCCCCUAAUGCACACUAUGGCCCGGCUUUUCUUGGAUUUCAUCGAGUUAUGCUCUAUCUAUUUGAACAGAAACUCAGGUCUUAUGAUUCUGACGUGUUUCUUCCAUUUUGGGAUUCGACUUAUGAAAGUUUACUUGAUACACCAACUGCUAGCGUCGUUUUUACGGAAGACUUUAUGGGAUCCGGCACAGGGACUGUAGUAGAUGGUCCCUUCAAAAACUGGAAACACGAUACUGUUGGUGUCCUCAUCCGAAAUAUUGGUAAUAGUGGUCAGCUUUUCCAGAGAGAGACAUUGGACAAAAUGAUGUUGAAGACAUUUACAUCAGAGAUUACCCAGCCAGAUGCUGAGUUCGAUGUUAAUCUUGAAGCCAAACACGGUCAGGUCCACGCAUGGAUAGGAGGAACCAUGGAUAAUCUGGAUUAUUCGCCUGCAGAACCUCUCUUCUAUUUACACCACUGCUUUGUUGAUGCAAUGUGGGAAAAAUUUAGAGAUUUUCAGGUCAAACGAGGUGUGGAUCCAACUUCGUACCCCGAUGUUAGUGGUGGCCACGGGUCAGACAAACCAAUGAAGCCUUUCUAUUUAGAUAUCAAGCAUGGAAAGAAAAAUUAUCUGAAGAACAAAGUUGGAUACGCCUUAAAGUGGUCUCAAUUAGUUAAAUAUCAGUAUCCAAAUAAAAAUUGCCAGACGAAUAGUGACUGUGGGUCAUCAGCAAUGCUUUGUAGGGAUGAACAAUGCAUGACGAUGACGGCACAUGAAUAUGAGGUUUCAAAGCUACCGGCGUCAUCGCCUCCGCGACAAAAAGUAGUUGCUUCAUCUGCAAACACAUCUCCAAGUCAGCAAUUGGAUAGGCUACCAGGAUGGGACAACUGGUUUGGAUGGAGGAAAAGGAGGAGUGUGACUUACGUUCACACCCAUUAUCAUUAUCCCUACAAAUACAUCACUCCGUACAGAUACACGACACGUUACAGGAAGAGAAGGAGGUAUUACAGGCGCCGAUCUCAUAAAGGAAAUAUUGCAGUUAAAUAUAAGUAUUCCGAUGAAAAGACUUCACCUAUAUACCACUCAUUUCAGAACACCUACACCGUUGACGGUGUAGAGGAUAUUUCCAAAUGGGUGUAUAUUCCUGUCAUUGUGUACUACAGAAGGCCUAGUGAGGUUCACUAUGAUGCCCACCCAAUAGAGCACGGUCGCCCUGUAAUGAAUAAGGAUGUGUUUAACCAAUACCACGACGCUAAAUAUAUCACCCACAAAGUAGGCCAUCCUGCAAGAAAUCCUAAAUGUGAACACAUUGGUUCGGGUGCAACCAAAGUUUACGUUAAAGCUACUGGGCUGAAUUAUAAUGGAUUUUACACUGACUACGCACUUAUCGACGAACGGCAGCCAUUGUCGUUUGCAUUAACCGAGGUUGGUGUGAAGAAACCGGUCGGAAAUACGCCCUCAAAAGUCUACAUCUCAGCUCACGAUCCUUGUGGAAGAAGCUGCAAACCGCGCUGUCUUAUGGCGGGUUCCAACCCAACACGGUACAAAAAAUGCACCGGCACUCUAGGAGUUACAUCCGGGGAACCUCUCAUGUACAGUUCCGAUACCGGUGACGCCCAUCUCAACACAUUUGAUUUCAGUACUCUUCCUCCUACAUUGUCUAACAAGAAAGUAUAUCUGGUAUUUUAUUGUGACCAGACGGAGGCGUGGCCGUGGGACUGAGCAAUUCCAAUGUCUU